UGUUUGUACGAUCCCGCAUUUACAAGUGAGGAACAGAACACCCAACAUGGUUACAAUGUUUCUGACUUGCCUUCUCUUCAUUUUGACAUUGGCAGUCGUUCAAUGUGCUGGUCCGACAUGUACUUCAUCCUGUACAGCACCUCAAACAUGCAAGUGGACAUGUACAAAAUCCGCAGUUGUGAUUGCUGGAGCCAAAAUAACCGGUUGCACACAAACCGACGAUCCUUGUGGAGUUGGAACGUUAACAGACGGGCAAUGCAAACCUGGAUGCGUAGCACCAACUGCUGCUCCAACAUGUACUUCAUCCUGUACAGCACCUCAAACAUGCCAUUGGACAUGUAAAAAAUCCAAAGUUGUGCUUGCUGGAGCCAAAAUAACCGGUUGCACACAAACCGACGAUCCUUGUGGAGUUGGAACGUUAACAGACGGGCAAUGCAAACCUGAAUGCGUAGCACCAACUGGCCCGCCACCAAACAAUCAACCGGUAGUACCAAAAGUAGACAAACCAGGUGGUUCGACAGGAAUAACAACAACAGCCGCAGGAACAACAGGCAAAAAUGGAUCCAUAAGGCUUGGAGUUUCUCCCCUGAUGCUGUUGUGUGGAAUCUUCACCAAGCUAUUUCUGUAUCCGUGAUGGGAGCCCCAUCCAAAACAAGAUUGCCAUCCUGAAACGACAUCACCUGUUGAGCACAAUGACGGAUGACAUCUGAUUGAAUUUUUAGACAUUUAGAUGUUAUGAAAAAAUGACACAAUCAGCGUUAAUUCUUUCACAAUCGGAUCAAAGUGUAUCGGAUAUUGCUACGUGGCUACUUACAAAUAGAACCUUGUAAUUAAAUAACUAGAUACUAAUUAUAUAAUCAUGAACGCUUAUUCAAGAAGACCGCAUGCAUUGAAACAUAUAUGUAUAUCCAGCAAUAUGUUGAGCUGCGGUUUUAAAUGUCACAUAUAUACUUUAUCAAUGAUGUUUUCAUGAUAAAAUGUAUGCCUUCCGUAGCAUAACUGUGAUAUUUGACUAUAUUUUACAUUGAUUAUAAAUAAAAAUCCCUAAA